AUGAUGCAACCAAAUCACAUCAAGGCCCAUAACCAACUCAGCCGUAGAUCAAGAUCAGCUCCAUCUUCGACUUCUUACUUCUCCCAUUCUUCUUCCCGCCCAUCUAUCUCCUUUUCUUCCUUUUUCGUCACUUUGGUCCUCUCCUGCCUUCUCUUCCUGAUGGUGUCUGCCACAUUUUCCGAUGCAGCUGCCAUUCCCCCAGGUGCGAGUACAGCAACAGGAACAAAAGGAAAAGGUCGUGAUCACGGUUAUGCGAAACAAGCAGUGAUCAAUAAACGCAACUUUACGCCUCCGGAGGGGCAUGAUUGGAAGGAAUCAGAUGGACGGAACGUCAACACUUUACCUGUGGAGCCUAAUCGCCCCAUGAAGAGGAGGGACGUGAAGCGCGCAUACACCCCACCUGGUUGUGGUGAUCAGUAUGACAAAGGCCAGCCCCACGCUACCUAUUAA